UCAGAGGGUAUGAAUAUUUUUGCAAGGUGUUUUAUUUAUUGAUUUAUUUUUUCUACCAGGGCCUACUUGCCAGAUGUUGCAGUCUGUCCUCCAUCUCUCUGCUGGGCUGUCCUCUCCUGUCCGACAUCGCCCUCAAAAUAAUCGCAAAAGUAUCCGAUCUGAAGAGUUUCGGUAUAGAGGGCAACAACCAAGUAACUGAGGUGAGCUGGGAGGCCCUGUGUGGCUUAUCCACUGCUCUCAGCAAGCUCCACGUGGUAGACUGUCCUGGAAUGACCGAUGAAGGCAUGAAAUAUGUGUCCUCCCUCAGACACUUGAAUUAUCUGGAUAUUUCACUCUGCAGCAGGGUGAGUGAUGUUGGCAUCAAAUACUUGACUGAAGGUUCCUCAGCAAAUAAACUGCAACAUCUUAGCAUCAGUCAGUGCGGCCUCAUUACCGAGUUCUCCAUCAAGAGGAUUACACGAAGGUUGCAGAAACUGUUCCACCUUAAUUUGAGUUACUGUGAGAAGGUAACGGACCAGGCUUUGGAUUACCUGAACGGCAGCUCCAUCCAGUCUCUGGACCUGACUGGCUGCAACAUCCGUGAUCAGGGACUGGGUUCACUUAAGAAGAUACGGCUAAAGAAGAUUAUAGUUGCCAAGUGUGUAUUCGUCACCGAUAUGGGCAUAGAGAAGCUGUGCGACAACAUGAGAGAUCUGGAGCACAUUGACAUUUCCCAAUGUCCAGCUCUGACUGAUGCAGCAAUCGGUGCCAUUUCACUUUACUGCAGGAGUCUCCUCAGACUGAAGAUGGCAGCAUGUCCACAGAUGACGGAUAUGGCGAUCGUGUAUCUGACCACUGGCUGUCAGUACCUGCUAGAACUCGACAUGAGCGACUGCAGACUCCUCACCGAUCGCUCUCUUAAAAACCUAAGAAAGAUUUCUCCUCCACUUAAUACCAUCAGAAUAAACAACUGCACAGGCAUCUCAUGGGAGGCUGCCGUAAAACUGCAAAAACGCGUCUCGCACUGGGAGUACAGCAGCGACAGACCUUCCACCUGGUUUGAUUGUAAUGCACACAAGUUUGCAAUGGCCCCGAAGGAUAACGAUGCAUGGAUGAGAGAGAGGGACUUGUGUGCAUGAGCAGCAAUUCCGUCCGGAAAGAUCAAAAUUCUGUUUGGAAACAGAACAACCUGAAGGAAUGAUUACCUUUAAGCAGAGGUCGCAAGAUUUGGUUCUCAAAGUCCGGUGUCCUGUGACUUUUAGGUGCAUACUUCAUGCAACCUACCUGAACGGUUGAACUGCCUCCUCAGCUGGCAACUGGAAGCUACAGAGUCCUGCUAAACGACUCAAUUAUUUCAUCCAGGUGGGAUGAAGCAGAGGCGCACCUAAAAGCUGCAGACCAACAUCAGGGACAGAAAUUUGAGGCCCCCUGUUUCUGGUCACUCCAACCAUCAAUUUAGGAGCUUUUCUAAAUGUCUUUAAAUAUUUAAGUGUUUUUAUUUUCACUAAUAUUUUUAAACCAGGUUAUGAUUGACCUGCCUUUGUCAUGGUAAUAUUGCAGGUCUAAACCCUUUCAGUCUAUUUUUGGAGAUAUAUAUAUAUAUAUUUUUUUUUUUUACUGAAUUGUUAUUUUGUGCCCUUUCACAGAAGAAAUGUUUAACAACUUCUAAAGAGCAUAAACUGUUAAUGAGACAAAUAAAGUUUAACAUUUAA